AUGGUUGAGCUGCAGAGGGAACCCACCCCACCCCCCUCUUUUGUCCCUGAACCCCCCAAGGCCCGGCCACAGCCCCGAGAGCCAGCCGCACGCCCCCACAGCGACGCCUAUGACUCCCUCCCCAGUAGCCCCACUGGUGCCAAGCUUCCUCCGCCUCCAGUUCCGCAGAAGCCCAGCUAUGUCCCCCGUGCACCCACUGACCCCCCCACUGAUCCACCCACUGACUCCGAGGGCAGCCAGGUGGAUCCUUCUCAGAAGUCCUUUCUCGGGAAAGUAAAAACCUUUGAGAAGCUGGACCACCUGGCCCGGGCACAGAGGAUGCUGGAGCUGCAGGAAGCUCAGAAUGCCAGGAUAGAAAUAGCCCAGAAGCAUCCAGAUAUUUAUGCAGUCCCAAUUAAAGCCCCAAAACCAGACCACAGCAGACCUCAGCCAAUAGGCUCCAGCUCCAACCUGGACAUCCAGGCCCCACACUCUAAGCCAAUACAGGCCGACGGCCGAGCAUACCACCAUGGUGAGGAUGAGGAUGAGUACCGGCGGCAGCUGGCUGAGAAAACGAGGAAGGGCUAUUAUAACCCACAAAAGUACAAAGACACAGAGCUCUAGGUGGAAGCUACAGCCAAUAUUAGCAGGUCAUGCCCACUGGAUGAUCUGGGGUGGUUUUCCUGAAGCCGCCUUAACACUACAUCGUUCGUAAAUUCUGAGUUAAAUGAUAGAACUUAUGAAUGACCUAGAGUAAGAACUCUUCGGGAAACACACCCAUGGGCUUUAGGAACAAGUCCCAGUUUAUUUGUUUGUUACGUCACUUACAUAAGAGAUUAUUAUAAUCAGACUUGUAUGUAUCAGUCAUUAUCUCUUAUGUAUUAAAUAAACCUGAUGAGCCACAUUUUACAUGCAUGUUAUAUGUCAAAAACAAUUUCAUAUGAAUUUUUAACAUUUUGUCAUUAUACCUUGAUAUUCUUGUCAAAGUGCCUUUCUGCCCUCAGCUCAGCAUCUGAGGUAUUUUGGGAGGUUUUUCAUUGAGCUGUCAUGAGGAAUGAUGAUGUAAAUGUGAUGCAGCUACUGCUACUGUAGAAUAUUAUCAUCCACCAUUAACAUAUCUAAUGUCAACUUUAACUAAAUGUUCUUGAUUCCAGGGAUGGUUCCUAAUAAAAAUUCACUUGUCACCCUA